CAUCGCACCGUGAGGUCGCGUCAUGACUGCCUCGAGAGAGUACCGCGAAAGACUGAUCGACGAGGUGAAGAAAUACCCAGUGCUGUACGAUACACGACACGAGAACCAUAGAGAUAUAGACGUAAGGGAUCGCUGUUGGACUGAAAUAUCAAAGCGACUGGGCGCUAAUUGUGAAAUUUUGAAACGGGAAUGGAAAAUCUUGCGGGAUUCUUUAAGGCAGGCGCUCAAGAAGUCGAGGAAAGGCACGAGAACGAAAGCUGGUCUGCCGUGCAAGAAGUGGCGGUUUCAGAAUCGAAUGUCCUUCGUAUUACCACACAUGAUGAUACGAGAGGACAACAGAACAGCCAUAGAAGAUAAUAAAAUCGAUGAAAUGGAAAUGCAAUCCGAAGCUGAACAGGAAUUAUGGGAGCCUAGUACAUCUGAUAACGAUUCCCUAGACUUAUUCUUUGCUAGCGUCUGUCAGAGUACAAAACGUUUGCCCACCAGAUACCAGAAUCAGAUAAAAAAACAAGUAUUAGAUAUAUUACUGCGUGUUGAAGAGGAACAUGAGAAUGAAUCUAGUUUACUACAAGAGACGAAAACGGAACGAUUGGUACACACUUGACGCAAAUAGCUUAAUAUAGCAAUGGGUUAUAUGUAUAAGGGUCUAGGUAACAACAUGCACUAAAGACAAAUA